CGCAGCACGGGACAGGCGAGGAAAAAAUAGGAAGAAAUCCACGUAGCCUGUCUUGCAUCGUAAUAGUACAUUCGUACGCUGUUCUCAAUGUGUCCGUUUGAUUAAAGAAAAGCUGUCUUUAUUUAAGGAACACGGGCGUUCAUAGUGGCGGGGUAAGGCGGAGAAAAAACUGGUCCUGUUAGUUGAAAGGAAUAGGACUAAAAAUGGAGCUGGAAGACGGAGUUGUGUACCAGGACGACCCGGGGACAUCAGCGAUGAUGUCUGAGCGGGUGUCGGGCCUGGCCAACUCAAUUUACCGCGAGUUCGAGAGGCUUAUCGGUAAAUACGACGAGGACGUGGUGAAAGAGCUGAUGCCGCUUGUGGUGGCCGUGCUGGAGAACCUGGACUCCGUGUUCGCGGAGAACCAGGAGCACGAAGUGGAGCUGGAGCUGCUGAAGGAGGACAACGAGCAGCUCAUCACCCAGUACGAGCGGGAGAAAGCGCUGAGGAAACACGCAGAGGAGAAGUUCAUCGAAUUUGAAGACACUCAUGAGCAGGAGAAGAAGGACCUGCAGAGCCAUGUGGACCGGAUGGAGUCCCACUCCCGCCAACUGGAGCUCAAAAUCAAGAACUAUGCAGACCAGAUUGGCAGGUUAGAAGAACGAGAGCUGGACCUGAAGAAGGAAUACAACUCCCUCCAUCAGCGGCACACAGAGAUGAUCCAUAAUUACAUGGAGCACGUGGAGAGGAUCAAAAUGCAACAGAUCAGCGAGACCUCCGAGUCGAGCGCAGUCGGCCGAGUCAGGAGAGAGCGACCUCUUUCUUUGGGAAUCUUCCCAUCAUCUGGCGGAGCGUCUCUGCUCAUCCCAGAUCCUCAGGCCAGAGCAGAGACACUGGGCACAGAGAGCUGGAGGUUCACUGACUCAUCGCAGCCUCGCUCCAACACAAGUCUCAAGUUGGACUAUGGUGACCCCCCAAAGGAAAGGGAGGGUAAGAGUGCGCAGGACUCUACUUGGGGGAAUUCACUGGCAGACGACUGCAAGGAUGAGCUAUCAGACUUCACCGGCUCCAAGUCGGCCACACCGAUGUCAACCACUGCCUUGGACAUGGAGAGGGAAGAUGGGAACAGUAAGAGCACAGAGGUGCAAGCUGCUCCGGGGACCAGAACCAUAUCAGUAGGUCAGCCUGAAAAUGAAGACAGCUCAGAUGUGAAGGACAUCAUUGAGUCCACCCCUGAGCUGGACAUGGAUCUCAUUGGGUACAGACCCUGCAGCACUCCUACUAAAGGCAUUGAAAACAUGGCAUUUGACCGCAAUACAGACUCCCUGUUUGAGGAGCUGUCCUCUGCAGGCACCGGGCUCAUCGGGGACGUGGACGAAGGAGCUGAUCUUUUAGUGGAGUACUCUGACCUUAGUUUGAUUGGAAUGGGCCGGGAAGUUGAAAAUCUAAUUAUGGAGAAUUCACAACUGCUUGAGACUAAGAACGCCUUGAAUGUGGUGAAUAAAGACUUGAUUCAGAAAGUCGACGAACUGACAAGUGAGAAGGAGAUGUUGGAGGGAGAUCUGGAGGCUUUGCUGCAGGCAAAAUCCAAGCUGGAGGAAAAGAACAAAGAGCUGGAGGAGGAACUCAAAAAAGUACGCCUGGAGAUGGAGGAAGCAAAACAUAAAGCUAACGAAGAAGAAGAGCUCUACUUUGACUCCCAGCAUGCUUUAUGUCACUGUACAGUAAAUGUUGGUGGUAGUUCCUUGAUUGUCUGGUUUGUUGGUGACACCCCUGCCUUGCUCUUUCCCUGCGCUCCUGUCGGCUCUGUUUCCCUCUUGGCUUUCUGUAACUUCGCCACGUGCAGCUUCAGCAGACUGUUUAGCUCCUCCUCCAGUGCCCCUGCCGUAAAGUUUGAAUCCCAGUCCAAUACGAAGUACAGCACUCCGGGCAGCACGGUGAAGAGGAGCAGCACUUUCUCCCAGUUCCCCACGGAGAAGUCCAAGACAUUUGACUUCCUCAAUGAAGAUAAGGAACAGUGCAGUUCUCCAUCACGUAAAGAGCAGAAGAGAAGCCAGUACAGACAGGUCAAGGCUCACGUGCAGAAGGAGGACGGACGAGUCACUGCGCAUGGCUGGAGCCUGCCGAGCAAAUACAAGGUAGCAAACGGUGGACAAGUGGAAAACAAAAUGAACUUACCUGUGCCGGUUUACUUGAGACCUCUGGACCAGAAAGAUGCUUCUAUGAAGCUGUGGUGCGCUGCCGGGGUCAACCUGUCUGGGGGUCGGGCAUUUUCCUCAUCAGAGCUUUCUAAGCAGACAAAGGGUUCUCAGAGCAGCUUGGAUCAGCUGGAGCAGGAGAGUAAGGAUCGGGAAAAAGGGGAGAAAGAGAAGGAGCUGAUUGUUCAGGACGAGAUGUCCAGUCGUGUGUGGGUGUGCACUAGCACCCACUCCUCCACCAAGGUUAUGGUUCUGGAUGCCACUCAGCCCUCUGACCUGCUCGACAGCUUCUACGCCUGCAACACUCAUAUUGUCUGCAUCGCCAGUGUGCCAGGUGUGUUGGAAACUGAUUAUCCAGCAGGUGAAGCUGUACCCCAAGACCUGGAGUCCAGCCAAGGGGAUGCGGCGUCACUGGCUGGCAGCGUGGCCAGUGUAGGCUCAGCAGGCAGCGAUAGCGCCUCGGCAGCCGAGGGCACCACUGCCAUUCCCCAGACAGCUAGUGCAGGUGUUGCCGACCAGCCGGCUGAGCACAGCGCCACCUCAGCCUCAGCUCCCACUGUUGAGUUGUCCAGAGAGACCAGUCCAGCAGAAGAUGGGGUUCCCACAGCGGAAGAGGCAACAGAAGCAACGGAGGCUAAUGCUGGCGUGGGCGAAGAAGGAGAGGAAGAUCAGGGGGCUGAUCAAAACCAGCCAGGAAUUUACACGGAGCACGUGUUCACCGACCCACUCGGGGUGGAACCCACUGACUCCUUAGUUGCUGAAUCACAGAGGGGAUCCAGACAGGAUGGGGUGACUUCUCUGGCAGAAGACUGGGACCCAUCAGAGAUUGAGGUCCUGAGGAUGAGCAGUGCACUUCCCACCAUGUGGCUCGGUGCUCAGAAUGGGUGUCUGUACGUCCACUCGUCUGUGGCUCGGUGGAGGAAAUGUCUUCAUGCCAUCAAACUGAAAGACUCGAUCCUCAGCAUAGUGCAUGUUAAAGGGAGGGUCCUGGUAGCACUGGCUGAUGGGACAUUAGCAAUUUUCCACAGAGGCAUUGACGGACAGUGGGAUCUAACCAACUACCAUCUGCUGGAUCUGGGCCGGCCCCACCACUCUAUCCGCUGUAUGACCGUAGUCCACGAUAAGGUUUGGUGCGGCUACAGAAAUAAGAUCUACGUCAUCCAGCCAAAGGCCAUGAGGAUAGAGAAAUCCUUUGACGCUCAUCCUCGGAAGGAGAGCCAGGUACGGCAGCUGGCCUGGGUUGGAGACGGCAUCUGGGUGUCCAUCCGACUGGAUUCAACUCUACGCUUGUUUCACGCCCACACCUACCAGCACCUCCAGGAUGUGGACAUUGAGCCCUAUGUCAGCAAGAUGCUGGGUACAGGUAAAUUGGGUUUCUCAUUUGUGAGAAUCACCGCUCUCGUCGUAUCCUGCAACCGACUGUGGGUGGGUACAGGAAAUGGCGUAAUCAUCUCCAUCCCGCUCUCUGAAGCUAACAGAACAACAGGAACAGUGCCAAAUCGCCCGGGCAGUGCUGUACGGGUCUACGGUGAUGACAGCUCUGUGACAGACUGUGCAAUGCCAGGCAGCUUUGUGCCAUACUGCUCCAUGGCUCACGCCCAACUAUGUUUCCACGGACACCGGGAUGCUGUCAAGUUUUUUGUGACAGUGCCAGUUUCUUCGUACUUUAAAUUAACUGUCACAGGUCAGGCGAUGCCACCUCCAGGUGGUGCAGAUUCAGGCUCUGAUGACCCUGCAUCCGAAUCCUCUGACACAGCAACUUCUGAGACCAAAACCUACCUGGUCAUGAGUGGAGGGGAAGGGUACAUUGACUUCAGGAUGGGUGAUGAAGUAGGCGAGUUGGAUGGUUUAUCCGAAUCGACAGCCAGCCUGCAGUCGGCGCCUGCCAAGAACGAGCGGAGUCACCUCAUCGUCUGGCAGGUCACGACUUCUCACGAUUGAAAAACUUCAUAGACUCUUGUGUUUAUGCCAGGGGUGCCCACCAACCCCUGCAUGCCAUUCUGGAAGUUUUUAAUUUGUUCUUAAUACCUGAGUAGUUUACUACUUUGUAAAGAAAUCAAAAAGAAAACAAACAAAAAAAAACAACAAUUAUUUUUAGUCCAUGUUUUGUAAAUUUUAUUGUUUAUGAAUCUGAAAUAGGUCAAAUGAAGUAUAUGUUAACUUUAAGAAUACGUCCAGGCGUUCCCUUCUGCAUGUUGAAGAAGCUGGUGCACACACAGGGGAAAGGCUACCUUUUAGCACAUCGUGUGGGAUGGGCAGUUUGAUCAGGUAAUUGUCUGUUGCUUUGUAUCUCAAACGUUAAAAAGGCUUUCGUUGUAAACAAAAAAAAAGGGACUUACCUGAAGUUGAAGUCAUCUAAAUAAAGAGCAGGCAGUUUUGAGUUAAACUGAAGUAUAUUUUAUAGUAAUCAGACUAUAGCACUACAUGUGUUAACCAGCACCGACGUCUUUCCUGUGUUGAACAUUUUAAGACCUGAGCAUCAAAAACCUGCAAGUUAUAAACGUAUAAAAAGGUAUCGAAUUUCUUGUCACCGGCGAUAUCAGGCUGAUUACUCGACUGUAUUGUUUGUUUGGUAUUAGAGACAUAGCUUGCAGCAAGUGGUGCACAUUAAACACACUGUUGCAUAUUUAAAUGUGCUUUUAUGCAGGAAAAGCUGUAGGCUACAACAUUGUUUGGGAGUUCGAAUGUCCCACCAGUUGCAACAGGCUGAUGUUUUGUUCUAUGAAUCAUGUCUAAGCACUUUGGGUACUUCAAGGUUUCCUGUGGUUAGAAGAACUAGUUUACUGUAGGUUAGCAGUAGCCUGCAUGAAGAAACCCCUCGUGCCGUAGGUGAGGAAAAUCUUCCUGUGCCGCCAGCUCAGUGCUUCCUGUUUGCUUCAGCUCGUCGGCACUUUAAAUUGUUAGAUGUUAGUCGCUUUGGAGGAAAACUGCUGUGUCCUGUUUGUAUGAAGGGAACAAAAUGUACAAAUAUUUUUUAGGAAGAUGGUCCCAGUAACCAAAGGAUGUACGAAGAAGUAUCUCAAAACUAUUUCAUUUGUAACUCAAAUAUUUGGGAGCGCGUGCGCGCAUAUAUUCAGGAUUUAAGCUCGAAUGAUGCAAAUUUAACUAACAGCAACAUUUCUGUGUGGCACCUUGAAUCGGACGGCACUAAAGAGAGACUCUCCUGAUUGCUUCAUCAUUCCAUGUUUCAUUGUUACACACACAGAUUUCAGGCCUAUAAGGCACAUUUUCUUUAGUUUUUUGUUGUUAUUUUGGGCAUUGUGUGUGUUUUGUAUCCAUUUGUGAGACACUUUGAUUAAGAGAUGAGUAUUUUCAUGAUUUGACUGUAACCUGACAGCAGGAUGCCAACAUUAAGAAGAUGUUGUAAUUUGUUUUUAUAUGUGAAGCCUUGGUCUUCAGUCCAUUUCAAAACAGUAACUUUAUAUUGUGUUUUUGCCAUUCCAGUAUUUAUUUCCUUUGCUAUCGAGCCUAUCUUGGUUCAGAAUGUAACUUUCUACACGGGCAGAGUAUCAUAGGCGGCUAUUGUGAACAGAAUAGUCUAACGAGUUUACAUGAUUGUUAAUAAUGGUUAAAUAAAAUGGAUUAAUGUCAUUAUGUUGGAAAUUUUUCACAAACCAUGAGAUCAAAUUGUGCAGAGAAAAACUUUCAUUCAUGUACUAAGCUAUGCAUGUUUUUUUUAGAGAACACUGCUAUAUUAUCGGCUAAAUCUCAGUUUAUUGCCACCGUUUUGGGUGGGGUGGAUGUCAGUGUAUGUAUGUGCGUGUUUUGUGUUUAGAGUACACAUGUACACUUAGGAGUGUCUGCCAGUGUGUGUUUGAUUUUCCAAGUGUGUGGUGUGUGUCAGCUUAGUGUAUGUUCAUCCUUAAAAACAAAACCCAGAGGCUGGUCCCAUUUAUUUCUCUGGGCGCCAUAAAUGGUGGUCAAUGUUUGCUAAAACAGUAUCAUAGCCUUAUUUUUAACAAUCUAUUAAACUCAGUUU